GCUCGUAACAAAAGUGAACUAAAACUGUUUUGUAGUGUUGUCGGGAGCUGAAGGUGUGCGGUGUGAUAGGACCAUGUGUAUCACUCAACCGUCGCAACCAGUACGUCUCUGACAGUGAGAUUGGAGUGGGUGGGACGGCAGCCUGGAAGAUAUGUGGUCUGGAUCCCUCCACAACUCUUGCCGUGGCGUUCGAAGUCUCCAACCAGCAAGCCAGCAGCAUACCGCAAGGCCAGAUGGGCUGUGUCCAGUUCAUUACAUUCUACCAACACUCCACCGGGCAGAAGAGAGUUCGAGUCACCACCAUCGCCAGGCAAUGGGUGGAUGCAGCUACGAAUCUCAACUACAUCUCCUCCAGUUUUGAUCAGGAGUGUGCUGCAGUCAUGAUGGCCCGACUAGCAGUGUCACGGUCAGAGAAUGACGAUGGUCCGGAUGUCCUGCGCUGGCUCGACAGGAUGCUCAUUCGACUGUGUCAGAAGUUUGGAGAGUACCACAAGGAUGACCCCAGCUCCUUCAAGUUCAGCGAGAACUUCUCACUCUACCCACAAUUCAUGUUCCACCUGCGGAGGUCUCCGUUCCUGCAGGUGUUCAACAACAGUCCGGACGAGACCUCGUACUACCGCAACAAGCUGAACAAGGAGGACGUGACCCAGAGUCUGGUCAUGAUCCAGCCCAUCCUCUAUGCCUACUCCUUCAACGGCCCUCCUGAGCCAGUUCUGCUGGACUCUACCAGCAUCACAGCCGACAGAAUCCUUCUCAUGGACGCCUUCUUCCACAUUGUCAUCUACAACGGCGAGACCAUAGAUGCCUGGAAGAAGGCAGGAUAUCAAGAUCUCCCAGAUCACGAGAACUUCAGACAGCUCCUUCAGGCCCCAGUCGAUGAUGCACAGGAGAUCUUGCAGACGCGGUUCCCAAUGCCCAGAUACAUAGUCACCCAGAAAGGAGGCAGUCAGGCUCGUUUCCUCCUCUCCAAAGUCAACCCCUCGCAGACCCACAACACCAUGUCCGGAUGGGGAGCUGUAAGAAUGACAUCAUCAUUACAUCAAAAACCUUACCUAACAGUGUUUCGGCUAAUCGAAGCUGCAGAUUGUUGAUUUGCUCUUUCUCUGUGCAGGAGGGAAGUGGGGCCCCAAUUCUGACGGAUGAUGUCAGUCUUCAGGUUUUUAUGGACCAUCUCAAGAAACUUGCUGUCUCCUCCUCAACUUGAUCCCAAUUACACACACUACUAUAAUAACUAAUUUUGACACUCUAGCGAUGUGGAAUAAUGGUUUUAUUCUCAUGUUUGUUACGCUCCAGUUUGUGGCUCUGUGUGCUUGCGUAGGCAGCACACGUAGGCAUGUCUCAACAACUUGGUAGCGAGGUAGAAAGGCAAGGCAAACAAGUCAACUACACCUCUUUCUUUUC